GUGGCCCCGGGCAUGGGGUGGCCGGCGAGGGCCGCAGGCGGGCCCUGCGCUUCAGGCUGGCGGCGGGCGGCGUGAGCGGCCGGGACGCAGGAUGCACUCCGAGGGUGCGGCCCCCGGGCCGGCGGCUUCGCUGUGCGGGGCGCUGAGCCUGCUGCUGGGCGCGCUGCUGGGCAAAGUGAUAGAGGGUCACGGGGUCACAGACAACAUACAGCGAUUCUCCUCACUGCCACCUUACCUACCUGUGAGCUACCACAUCCUCAGAGCAGAGACCUCCUUCUUCCUCAAGGAAGCCAGCCAGGACCUGCUGCGCAACUCCAGCCUGCAGUCCAGGGCCGAGUCCUUCUUUACCUACAAAACCAGGCAGCCCCCAGUGCUCAAUGCCAGCUAUGGACCCUUUUCUGUGGAAAAGGUUGUGCCUCUGGACUUGAUGUUGACUUCAAACUUUUUAGGUCCAACCAAUAAGUUUAGUUUUGAUUGGAAACUCAAAGCCCACAUCCUGCGGGACAAAGUCUACCUGAGCCGGCCCCGAGUGCAGGUUCUGUUCCACAUCGUGGGCAGAGACUGGGACGACCGCAGCGCCGGGGAGAAGCUGCCCUGCCUGAGGGUCUUCGCUUUCCGAGAGACCAGAGAGGUGCGGGGCAGCUGCCGGCUGAGGGGGGACCUGGGGCUGUGUGUGGCCGAGCUGGAGCUCCUGGCCAGCUGGUUCAGUGCCCCGACGUUGGGUGCCGGGAGGAAGAAGUUCGUGGACCAGCCGGAGGGGACCCCCGUGGAGCUCUACUACACCGUGCACCCAGGAAGCGAGCGAGGGGACUGUGCCGGGGGUGACUUCAGGAAGGGCAACGCCAUCCGUCCAGGAAAGGAUGGGCUGGAGGAAACCACGUCUCACCUGCAGAGGAUCGGUACCGUCGGCCUUUACCGGGCCCAGGACAGCGCCCAGCUCAGCGAGCUGCGUUUGGAUGGUAACGUGGUCAUCUGGCUGCCUUCCAGGCCAGUCAAGCAGGGAGACGUGGUCACGGCCUAUGUCACCAUCGCGAGCAAUUCCUCCGUGGACUUCUUCAUCUUGAGAGCCAAGGUGAAGAAGGGAGUGAACAUCCUGAGUGCUCAGACCCGCGAGCCGCGGCAGUGGGGCGUCAAGCAGGAGGUGGGCAGCGGCGGAAAGCACGUGACAGCCACCGUGGCCUGCCAGCGCCUGGGGCCCAGCCCGCGCAACAGGAGCAGCAGUUUAUUCAAUGAGGUCGUGCAGAUGAAUUUUGAAAUAGCCAGUUUCAGCAGCCUUUCGGGGACUCAGCCCAUCACAUGGCAGGUGGAGUACCCACGGAAGGGGACCACAGACAUUGCCGUGUCUGAGAUCUUUGUCAGUCAGAAGGACCUGGUGGGCAUCGUUCCUCUGGCUAUGGCCCAUGGCACCGCAGAGAUGCUAUCAGAUCUGUACGUCAAUCUGCAGGUGAUGGAUGGCUUCACUCUGCUCGGGGUCUGUGGGGAAGCGUGUCGGCAAGCCCUGCAAACCCAGUGCCACCCUCAUGUGAAGAGUGAUGCCACCUGCCAGCUCACUCUCAACGAUGAGCCCUCCCACUGGAAUAGAAAUGGCUCAGGCCUGCUGCAUAUAGAAGGAAACGCUCACUCCAGCCCUGCUGCCACCCUUGCCUGCCGAGUCAAGGGAGGAGCCACCAGGGGCCUCUCCCUAGUGAGCGCCUACUGUGUGCAAGCCUUGUUGCAGAUGCUGCCAGGUCUCCUCACCCGGCAUCUUUGUCCUCGCUGUGCCAUCCUGAGAGGCACCCCACCUCCUCCUCCUCUUUACUCAGGACUCCGAGCCCACCUUGUCCCGCCCCAGAUGGUGCUGACAUCUCCCACCAAACACUCCCUGAGGGACUGGUGGGUGCCAGUCCAGGGAAACAGCAACGAGCAUAACAGACGUAAGGUUCCCGUCCCCAAGCACCGGCAUCUCAGGGACUAUCUUGUGAUCAUUUAUCUUGUGACCAUCAUUUGGAAAGCUCCUUUCUGCUCUGCAGUGUCCCGGCUUCCUCCGCCAAGGAGUCGGGCCUCUCUGCCCAGAAAGUGCUGGGUCCUGGUCAGUUCCAUGAAAAGGAGGCCAAAAAUGGCUGUGAAACUGCUGGACAGCUUACGGCCAGCAUCUGCACAACUUGAGGUGGCCAUGGAGCUACUGCUGCAGGAGAAAUCUAGGAUGCAGGUGCAGGUGCAGAAUCCUGUUAUCAGCGAGGUCUCCUGCCGCCCACUCUGA